AUGGACAAAAACGGAGGCCUUCAGCCACCCACUGUCAACGAGCUACUUGCUACCAAGGGAUCACGCCGGUCCGUGGAGCUUGACAAUGUCGGAAACGUGUUCAUCUCCAAAGAAGGCUUAAAUGUGUCUGCAGAAGUCAACCACGAGGGUUUGGUAGACAUUCACUUGAUUGACAAAGUUCACAAGUUUACCAAACACCUACAGAAAGAUCGGAAACCGCUAUGGAGUAUCCCUACACACACCAAUCAUCUAAAUCACAAUGAGGACUACGAGAAGAAAUUCAAACAUAUUCUGACAAAGUACACUGGAGUCACACGUUUGAAUAUUGCGAUCCAUAUUGUUGGCUCUCGAGGAGAUGUGCAGCCAUUCAUCGCCAUUGGACAAAUACUCACCAAGCCACCCUAUGGACACCGCGUGAGAAUUUGUACACAUCCAGUGUUCAAGGAUUUUGUGGAAGAGAACGGACUAGAAUUUUUCUCUAUUGGUGGCGACCCUAGCUCUCUAAUGGCUUACAUGGUAAAGAAUCCGGGUUUGCUUCCGGGGAAAGAAAGUUGGAAGUCAGGAGAUGUAGGCAAACGUCGAGCGGAGUUUUCAGUUAUCCUCGAAGGUUGCUGGAGAAGCUGUAUUGAAUCUGGAAAUGGAAUGGAGGAGGAUAAAGAAAAGACUUCUGAUAACGGCACAGAUACUCAAAGUGAAGAUGCCCAAAAUGCGGAAGCAGAUAGGGCUUUUAUUGCAGAUGUUAUCAUUGCAAAUCCACCCAGCUAUGGUCAUAUCCAUUGCGCAGAGAAGCUGGGAAUUCCACUUCACAUAAUGUUUACUAUGCCGUGGUCGCCGACACAAUACUUUCCACAUCCCCUAGCAUCGAUACAAGGAAAUAAAGCAGAUCCAAAACUGGCUAAUUACAUGUCAUAUACGAUCAUGGAGCUUCUAGCAUGGCAAGGACUUGGGGAUAUCAUCAACGGUUUCCGUAUGAAGACACUGCAUCUGGACGCUAUCAGCCCUCUCUGGGGCCAUAUGUUGCUCUCAAGAAUGAAAAUUCCAUUUACUUACACCUGGUCAUCGGCCCUUAUUCCGAAACCUGUGGACUGGGGUUCCCAUAUCAACAUCACCGGUUUCCCCUUCCUCAAAAUUGGAUCAGACUAUACUUCACCAAAGGAUCUUGCAGACUUUUUAGCAGGAGGACCACCCCCUGUCUACAUCGGCUUUGGCUCAAUUGUCGUCGAUAAUCCCGAAGAGCUCACAAGAAUAAUUUUUGGCGCCGUUAAGAGAGCUGGUGUUCGUGCUCUUGUAUCUCAGGGAUGGGGUGGACUUGGUGGAAAGGAUGUUCCUGAAAACAUCUUCUUACUAGGAAACUGUCCACAUGAUUGGUUAUUUCAGCAUGUUUCCUGCGUCGUUCAUCAUGGCGGAGCUGGUACCACUGCAAUCGGUAUCGCCAUGGGUAGACCGACCAUUGUGAUUCCAUUCUUUGGCGACCAGCCGUUCUGGGGUUCAAUGAUUCACCGAGCCAAUGCUGGGCCGGAACCUGUGCCGUUUAAGUCUUUGACGGAAGAAAAGUUGGCUGAGAGUAUCAUAAAAGCACUCCAACCUGACAUUCAAGCAUCGGUCCUAAAAUUGAGUGCCAAGAUUGCAGGGGAAAGUGGAAACGAGGCCGCAGCUGCUUCGUUCCAUAAUUCGAUCUCGUAUGACUCAAUGCGUUGUCUGCUUCGUCCUGAGGAUGUGGCUAUCUGGAGGGUGAAGAAGACAAAUAUCAGACUAGGUUUCUUAGCUGCUACCACUUUGGUCGACAAUAAGAUCAUCUCUCUGCGCGAUCUCACAAUGCAUCGACAUCAAGAGUGGCACAUUGACGAGGGAGCCGCAGGUCCUGUUAUGGGCUUCCUUGCAUUCGUAUCCGAUACAGUCGUGAAAACAUGGGACAGUGUACACAGCUAUGCUCGCGACAUCUCCAGGACUAUUCACAGAAAAUCCGAACCCCAGGGUCCUAUCAUCCCAAUGACCGAACGACGCUCAUUCGAGCAAGAUUACCCAGAGAACGGGACGGUUUUCUCUCAACCGGUAACAGCAGCAUUGUCUUAUUCACCUAACCAUCUUGAACGAGUGGCAUACAGAAUGGUAUCAGGGACACUACCGGACUUUAGUAAUAGUUCGAAGUAUAGAAAGACUCCACGGAUUACAAGAACGAAUACAUUCAGGUCUCUUCUGAAGAAAAACAAGGGGAAACAUCGUAGCAAAGUGGAAGAAUUUGGCUCCGAGACUGCGCAUUUCGCUUAUUCCGUGUUACGUACCGGACUUCACGGUCUAGCACCGGUUGCCCUGUUCUAUAAUCUGGCCAAUGGGUUCCACAAUGCCCCCAAUUUUAUUCUGAAGGAUGAGACAGUAAGGAAAAGAGGGAAGAUUACUGGACUUAGGAGUGGCAUCAAGGUAGCCGGCAAGAGCUCUUUCCUCAACCUAUACGAUGCCGUGACAGGUCUCGUAAUACAUCCAUAUCGGGACACCCGAGAAUACGGAGUUGAGGGCAUCGGAAAGGGAAUCGGACGAGGUAUAGGAGGCUUGUUUUUUAAGUCCAUCGCCGCCGCCUUUGGUCUACCUGGAUAUUGUUUGAAAGGUCUAGAAAAGCAAAUUGAGAAGCGAGACGAUAGGGAUCUGAGAGCACAAAUUUUGCAAGUGAGAAUCAUUCAGGGUCUUGCUGCGUAUAGGCGUGCCAGUGAGGAGGAUAAGCAGGAGAUUUUGAGGAGGUGGAAUGAAGCUGUUGCUGCGGAAUCUGGAUAA